UGCAAACUGUGCAAAUAAGCCAGGCGACUAUUUAAACUCUGCCUUCGAUGCUACCAGAUCAUAAUCCAAUCUAUUCAACUACCAAUAUGAAGUCAACUAUCCUCUUCAGCGGCGUGUGCCUUGUGGUCCUUUGCUUCCUGGGAAGUUCGCAGGCCCAAAACAACACUACAACCACCACCACAACAACUACGACUACUUCGUCUCCGGGUUCAUCGGGUUCGUCGAGCUUCUCAAACUCCUCUCCUGGCAAGAUAGUGAGGGUAUCUGGCCUGACGUACUCGGCUACCCGGAGGAUUCGCAUUGCCACCACCACAGCCAGCAGCACCAGUACUCGCAGUGGCAAGGCCAAGAACCGGAAACUCCGUGCUAAGCGCGCCCAGGCUAAAAACGCUAAAAACGGCAAGGCCAAGCGAGGCAAGGGCAAGAACAACAAGCGCAGGAACAAUGUGCGCGUUGUUAGGGGCUAGAUCGGCCAGGAUCCACCAUCCUACUACUCCUGUCCACCAGAUCAUCCCGUUACUAAUACGACUUUAAGUCAAUGUUUUUAUUUUGAGCUCAUUCUAAACACGAAACACUUAUGUUUACCGACGGGCGAAUUAAAUUAGAUAAAUACGUAAA